AUGCGGGUACCUGCGAAUUCAUUUUCAGUUGAUGAGUUGAGCACGGCUUGCAGUAAUUCAAUGUGUCUUGUGGACCACGAACAAAAGGGCUCGUUGGCUGAGCCGGGCUAUGAGCCCUUAUUGAUCACGAUUAAUGUGAAAAGUGUGGAAGAGUUCCGCGCUCGGAUUCACAAUGGUUUAUGGUACAUAAAGUUUCUGCUGUUGAUUGCUCUUAUCACAUGCUCACUAUUGAUACCACAGUCACUCUCAUUUAAUCGUGUUUGGAUGUACUUUGGUAUGGUCGGUGGAUUCCUUUUUAUCCUCAUUCAACUUGUGGUGCUCGUUGACAUGUCUCAUUCGUGGAGUGAGACCUGGGUCGAGAAGAUGGAGAAGGCCCCGACUCCUUGUCGUUCAAGGUGCUGGUAUUUGUCGUUCCUGUCUUGUACCGGCCUGCUGUUUAUCUUCUGCAUGGUUGCCGUGAUUUUAUUUUACAAGUACUUUGUGCGGGACGCUAAGUGUAGAACCAAUUUAUUCUUCGUCUCGUUCAGCUUGUGCCAGUGCGUCGCAGCGACAGUGAUCAGCGUUCUUCCUAAGGUUCAGGAGGCGCAGUCAGGCACUGGCUUGUUUCAAGCAUCCGUCGUGAUAACCUACACCACGUAUCUCACGUGGUCUGCCUUAUCGCACGAGCCAGAUGAUCUGUGCAAUCCUCCAGGUUACGUCUUAUCCGGUUAUGACCAGACGACAGGUUUGAGUAUGCAGGGAACUUUCAGCAGUCUAUUUGUUUUUGUCAUGCUCAUUUAUGCUAGUCUUAGCACAGCCAUGAGUGCUUCAAAAUUAAACAGAUGGCGUAUCAGCUACAAAGACUAUCCCGAAACAAAAGCAAACAACCUUCCAACGAAAAGCAGCGACGAUGUAGAGUCUGUAGACAAGGAAGACGAGUAUGUAGCUUAUAACUAUUCCUUAUUCCAUUUUGCACUGUUCUUUGCUUCAUUGCACAUUAUGAUGACGUUGACAAAUUGGUACAGCCCGUCACCGUCUACAAACCUCAGGCGGCUUCAAAGAUCUUGGCCAGCAGUUUGGAUCAAAAUGGGUUCGAGCAGCGCAUGUCUUUGCCUCUAUAUAUGGGCAUUGCUUGCCCCAGUGCUUCGUCCAAUGUUUCAGAAUUACGUCGAUGGGGAAGAAAAAGAAAGUGAAGAAAGGUCCCAUGUGGCCAAUGCACUCCCAACGUCCCAGAAUGCUUUGAGACAAUCUCAAAUGACAACCUGUGACGAAAUACGAGCAGAACAAAGCGCUGCAAAAGCAAAAGAAACUCUGCAAAAAGACUCUAAAUCGAACAAUUUGGACGAAAAAAGAACAGCCAGCAAUGAUAAUAAGGGAAAAGAACAAAAAAUGAAAGAUGCUCAGCCAACGGAUACAACGACGACACCCUUGUCUGAGGCUGACAAGGAGGUGUUGAGGCUCCAAGGGAAAGUUUUAAAACUGCAAGAGAAAAUUGCUAAAUUACAACAUAAGGUGGCUGAACUACAAGGAUUAAAUGUAUAACAAGCUUUCGUUAUCAUCUGUCUGUAAGCAGCUGAAUUGUUUUGAAACUGAAGAAUGAUAAAAAAAACAAAAUCCACCCAAUUUAUUGACCCAAGUUCACGUUUCAGUUGAUAAUAGAGACAAUAGGUAUAAGUAGAAAGAGACACCAUUUUGAGUUGGGGACAAUGGAACAAAUAGAACCUUAUGAAAGGAAGAUCACAACGUUUCGUUGACUGAUCAUUUUACUUGU